AUGGGGAAGGGAUCCAUCAACAGCAUUCACAGAUUGCCUGUCCCUGUUGUCGACGCCCAAGACAGAGCUCCCUAUACCAUCGGCCAUCGAGUAUCGACCACUGAAGCCAUUCUCUCAGUCUUCUCAAAGUCGAGUGCCAAGACUGCACCGUUCGAAGAACAGUGGCACAGUGGCGAUGAGGUCGAGGUCAUGUCUCCGGGGAAAGCGGCAACAUUGUCCUCUCGGAAUAGGCCGUCAAGAGCUACCAAGAACCUCAAAACAAAGGCACCAAGUGCUCGCACCACUUUAUCAGAGAAUAGCAACCAAGGCCCUGCCAAACCUACUGCCAACAGCUCUGGCAUUCACGGAACAACCUCGUCUGCGGCUGAUGCUCCCAAGCAGCAUGUAUGCGCGGAUGACACCAACAAGAACACCAGCUCCAAGGGUGCAAAUGACAAUGCCAAAGAACCCAAGCGCCCAAGCGCAGUAGACGUGGUUUCUGCUCCGAAAACAAAGGUGGCAGCAAAACCAAGGGCCUCGAAGGCCAGCGCUGCAGCGGAGUUCACCGAGGACUAUGCCGACAAGCUUCGAAAAGCGAUCUAUCUCCAAGGUCCCCUCCCCGAUGAUUCUAUCACGACCCAACUGCACAUCCAAGGCUACGAAGUAGUCAUCCGCAAAGAAGAGAUUUCUGUCCAGCGGGAAACUAACAAACUCAAGAAACGAAAAUUAGAACUACAAGAACAAGGACUUCAGCUCACCAUUCAAGUCCACCAACAAGCGGUCGAACAACAUUCUGAAGAAAAAAGGAUCGCCAGCCCAACAUCUAGAGAUGUGGAUUGGGCAGAGAACAUUCAAGACCUUGCCAUGGUAAAAUUGUUCGAGUCAUGGGAGGAUUCCGACAUUAUAAUUUGGUCUGAGCACACCAAAGCGGACCGCGCCAACAUCGCCAAAAAGUAUGGGGAAUUUGUUCAAAUUCAAUACCCCGCGGCUGCGGGACAUGAAUGGAGCUGGGGUGAGGAUGGUUCAGAGUUUCUGACUUUAAAAAGAGCCCAAGAACGUUAA